UCAGGACCCUGACAGUUUGUGAAAUAAAUAUUGGGAAACUGCGAGAUGCAAAAAACGACAUUCUACGACAACUGCACGCUAUUCGGUGGAUACACAUAUCAGGGAGCAAACGGUUUCAGCUAUGAAGUGGCGCAGGAACCAUACCCACCAUCUUCUCACGUUGAAAGUGAUUUCCAGAGGUCGGCGUGUUCCAUGCAGCCAGCUGGCACCAGCGGUCCGCAUGCCAAACCUAAAGACAUCAAUGGGAGCUGCAUGCGUUCGAACCACCCCGAGCACCGCCAACCUCCACCUGUCUCACCUCCCCAAAACCCCAGCAGCAACUCGACACAGCCAGGCACCAGCAAGACUCUGCCCAAGUCUACACACUCCUCCACACCCAAUCUCACCAAGCAGAUAUUCCCGUGGAUGAAAGAGACACGGCAAAACUCCAAGCAAAAAAAUAACAGCAGCCCCAGCUCAGCUGAAAAUGUCAGUGGGGACAAAAGCCCGCCAGGAUCAGCCUCCAAGAGAGCGCGCACCGCCUACACCAGCGCGCAACUAGUGGAGUUGGAAAAAGAAUUCCAUUUUAACCGUUACCUUUGCAGACCUCGAAGAGUGGAGAUGGCGAAUCUCCUCAACCUCAGUGAGCGGCAGAUCAAGAUUUGGUUCCAGAACCGCAGGAUGAAGUACAAAAAGGAUCAGAAGAUUAAAGGCAUGGUGAGUUCUUCAGGAGGACCGUCGCCGACUGGAAGCCCCACGCUCUCCGCGCAAGGCCCGGCCGGGUUCGUAAAUGCCAUGCAUCCACUCGUCAACAAUUCUGCCUACGACGACCCUUCGCCACCACCCCUGCCGCCACCGCCGCCUUUCAACAAACCUCAUCAGAACGCUUACGCCAUGACCAUGAGUUACCAAAACCCAAUGAAAAGCUGCUCGAGUCAGCAACAGAAAAGAUAUCCUGGAACAGCUCCAGAAUAUGAUCCCCAUGCACUACAGGGGAAUGGCAAUUAUGGGACACCAAACAUGCAGAGUAGUCCAGUGUAUGUUGGCGGGAAUUAUGUGGAUUCCAUGUCCGCCUCAGGGCCUUCUCUCUUUGGCCUCAAUCACCUCUCUCACCCUGCCUCCACCAGCAUGGACUACAACAGUGCUGCCCAGAUGACUCCUGGCCAACAUCAUGGACCUUGCGAUACACAUCCAACCUACACAGACCUUUCAUCACAUCAUCCUUCUCAGGGAAGAAUUCAGGAAGUUCCCAAACUGACCCAUCUGUAGCAGGUGCAAGUGGGGGAACUUGACUGGGGAAAAGUAAAUAACAUUAUCAUUUCCUUUUUCUCAUUACUCCUCUUUGAUCUGUUCUCCUCUUUGUGUCUUCUUAUCCAUGUAUGCUGGCUUAUAUGUUGCUUAUAUUGUCCCCUCACCAAACCUGCCCUCCUAUGUAGAUUAUGCUUGCUCCAUCCCUCCCU